AUGUCUCACUCAGCUUAUCAAACAAGUGGCAGACCGUUGUCCAAGGAGGCAUUGUACCACCAAAGAUUAAGACAAGGUGUGUUCCAAUCACCUAGUGGUACCAUUGUUGGUGUCAACAGCAAUGCCUCGGAUACCGCAGCCUUGUUGGCCGCCUCGUCAGAUUUAACCGUUAAACCAUCUUAUGAACGUUCGAUUGCUCCCGAAGCUCACAAUGCCGCAUUGGCAGCUAAGAAGCAAGAAAUUGAAGCAUGGAAAAGAGUCCACCAUGACCACAAUGCCUCAGAUGCCGCUACUGCUUCUUUGAGAUCGGCUGGAAGUGGACACACUGAAAAUGGCACUCCAUACAGCACCGUCAGGGUUGGUAUCCCAUCGGCAUUAAACCUGGCCUCGAUCUACAAGGCUGCAAAGGAAAAGUCUACAAGCACAAUGACCUCAAGGACCGACCCCAUUAGAGAUAUCUCGAGAAGCGGUAUUCAAUCCAAGCAUGGACCAUCAUCUUUGAACAUUGACAAGAUUAAUAAAUUGGCAACUAAGAACUCAUCGAAAUCAUUGAACUCAAGAUUCAACCCAGAUUUGGAUUACAGAUCAGGAAUUAAAAAGAAUAAUAAAAAUAAACCUACAGAGUUUUUAGACCAGUCUGAAGAAGACUUGGCAGCUGAAGGUGCCGACGCAGCAUUGCACCACACCCCUCAAGUACCAGACUAUGCUACCCAAACCAGGUCUAGUACUUUUAAGGCCAAGGAAGUUGUCACUCCAGCAUUAUUGGCUGCCGCUGCUGCCAAAGCCGACCAACGUUUGAGUGCGUUGAACAACAACUCUCCCCAAUCUCUUAAACAACAAGCUCAAUUGUAUGCAAAUGCAUUGGCUAUUGCCCAAAAAAACUCGGACGAGAGAAGCAAAAACAGACAAGCUGGACUCAUUAAUUUGGGCGGUGGUUUAACCAUUUCAAUUGCCGAGUUGGACAAGUUGGCUGCAACGUAUGUCCAACCAGUGAUUGACGAUAUUGAAACUAAAGCAGACUCAAAAAGACAAAUUCAAGCAGAGAAGAAGCAAAGAAAAUUGGAACUCAAGGCUGCACACGAACGCGCUAAGCAAGAAGAGCAUGCUGCUAAAAUCAAAGAAAAACAAGAUAUCGAAAAGGCCAAGGAGCAAAGAGUUUUGGAAAAUGAAAAGUUGAAAAAAGCCGAAGAUGAAAAGUUGACAGCACAUGAAAAGAAGAGACAUGAAGAAGUUGAGGCUAAACAAAAAGAGUACGAAGAGUUGGAAAAGAAGCAUGCUGAGGAAAAGAAGCAGUUACUUGCAGACAAGAAGGAAAAUCAAGACCAAAUUGAUAAAGAGGAAGCAGAAAAGAAAGAAGAGAGAAAGAAUGAGUUGAAGGAAUUGCAAGAUGAAAAGGAUGAAAUCUUGAAACCAACAUUGCAAGAAUUAGAAGAAGAAAAUGCCAAGCUCAAGGAAGUGACUGAUGCUAGAGACGAAUUAAGCAAAGAAGUUGAGACUUUGGAGAAACAGGAGAAGGAAAAUAAAGCCAAACUCGAAGAAUUACAAGCUCAAGAAAAGAAGAUUGACUCUCAAAUUGAAAAAUACACCACCGACUUGGAAACUGCAACCAAUAAGCAUGAGACAACUGAUAAAGACUUGGCAGAUCUUCAAACAAAACACAAGGAUUUAGAGACUAGUGCUACCAGUGAACACAAGGAGUUGGACUCAAAGAUUGCUGACUUGGAAAAGGAAAAGAAAGAAAAGACUGAAGAGAAAGGUACUCAUAAGCAAAACAUUUUAAAAGCUCUCGACCAGAAAGUUAAGGAUGAGCACAAAAUCAAUGAUGAGUUGCCACCACACUUGAAGCGCGACAUCAACGAAGCUAAAUUGAAAGAUACAAGCUCAUUAUUCUCAGUAGAGGAAAAAGAAGAAAAAAAAGAAAACCCAAAAGCAACCACCACUGGUAAAACUGCCACGACAACUGGUGCCAAUACUUCCUCUGCGGCAAAAACUACUACAUCUUCUGGUGCUCCUGAAAUCAAGUCGGUACCAUUGAUUGCCGUUGCCGACAAGGAUGAAACUCCAGCAAAACUGGCAGCUACUGGUGCCACUUCUGCAGACAAGUCGAAUACGAAGGAAACAACUAAAAAGACUACUACAUCUGAGCCCGAGAAGAAGAAACCUGCUGCUGGUGGUAACACUACCACUGCUUCUACCACCGCUACUAAAGCUGGUGCAAAGCCAGCAUCCACUUCUGCUAAAAGACCAGCAUCUCCACUGACCCAACAAUCGCCAACAAAAAAGAAAGAGUCAUUUUCCAAGAAAUUUAGUGAUUUCUUCAAGGACCAGUCUAAAAAUCCACCACCACCAAAAUCUGCAACCAAGUCUCCAACCAAGUCAACUUCAAAUCCAAACUCGAAUGCAACUGCUACAAAACCAACUACAAAGACCACUUCUGAAAAGACUGCCUCAUCCCCAGUUAAGAAAACUAACGAUAAAAUCACUGAUGCGAAAAACAAAGAUGAGACUGCAACAACAGCAAAGGCGUCAUCUAAAGACAAGAAGGAGGCAGCUUCAUCUACAAAUGCAGCUGCAACCGCAACUGCGCCAAAGGAGGCUGAUGCUAUACCAUCGAAACAACCUGCUGCAAAAGAUGCUGAAAAGGAAGCCAAGAAAUCUACCCCUGGUAGAAGCUCCACGAAGGACUCAGAAGAUUAUGCUGAUUUCGAAGAUGUUGAUGAAGAGCUUCUUCUGGACAAAAAGGGUAACAAAGGUGGUUUAUUUAAAGAAGAGAUUUUAGAAUAA